AAAAAUCCUCACUCAUAUAUAUAUACCACAUAUAUGGAUCUUUUCUCGCGAGACAGAUAUUUAUGAAAAACAACAGUACGUAGGCUUAGGUACGUGCGUACUGGAUAUCUAUAUAUAUACAUAGUUAGUUUCAAGAAGGCGACCGAAUUGAAUUGAACAAGCUAGCAAAAGAAAUGAAAGGGUUUAGUUGCAUUUUGGCAUUAUUUCUAGUGAUUAUUAUUAAAUCUGGAUCGUCGGUCGGUGGUGAUUUGCAAAUGGGAUUCUAUGGAAGCUCAUGCCCAAAAGCAGAAAAGAUUGUGCAAGAUUAUGUGAAUCAACAUAUCCCAAAUGCUCCAUCCCUUGCUGCCACUCUUAUCCGAAUGCAUUUUCAUGAUUGUUUUGUUCGGGGUUGUGAUGCAUCGAUCCUUUUGAAUUUUACUUCAAGCUCUGGAAAUCAAACAGAGAAAGUGGCAGUUCCAAACCAAACUGUAAGAGGGUUCGAUUUCAUUGAUAGAUUGAAGAGUUUACUUGAAGCAGAAUGCCCUGGCAUCGUGUCUUGUGCCGAUAUUAUUGCUCUUGCUGCUAGAGACUCCAUUGUUAAAACAGGAGGUCCCUCUUGGAAAGUGCCAACAGGUCGAAGAGAUGGGCUGUUAUCGAAUGCAUCCGAAGCAUUAGCCCAAAUCCCCGCUCCAUUCGACAACAUCACCAUUCUCAUACAAAAGUUUGCAAACAAAAGUCUCGACUCGAAGGAUCUUGUUUUACUUUCUGGUGCUCAUACUAUUGGUAUUGCACAUUGUCCAUCAGUCUCAAAUCGUCUAUACAAUUUCACGGGUGUGGGAGAUCGAGACCCUGCACUUGAUAGUGAAUAUGCCGACAAUCUUAGAUCAAGGAAAUGCAGGACCCAAAAUGACAAUACAACAAUACUUGAAAUGGAUCCUGGGAGCCGUAAUACUUUUGAUCUUAGCUACUACACACUAUUGCUAAAGCGUAGGGGCUUAUUUGAGUCUGAUUCAGCCUUGACAACAAACUCUAACACAUUAUCUUUGAUAAACCAACUCCUCCAAGGAUCACUUCAGAAUUUCUUAAGUGAGUUUGCUUUGUCGAUGGAGAAAAUGGGUCAAAUUGAGGUGAAAACCGGAACCACUGGUGAAAUUAGAAGGAAUUGUGCUGUCGUAAACAGCUAAGAGCCUAAGAGUGUAUGUUUGAGAGGUUGUAUGUUGUGGACCGGAUUAAAUAAAAUCAUUAACAAUGAUUUUUCUAGGAUAGUUGAUAUAUGAAAAAAUCAUUGUUAACGGUUUAUAAUUUAUUCGUUUUGUUCAUUUCAUCCUGUAUUUAAAUGUUUGUAAGUUGUUUUUAUGUGAGUAAAGAAUAAAUAAGGACGUGAUUCUAAA